UGAUCCCCAAAUCCCAACACCGAUUCACGCUUCUCUUGAAGAACGACACCCACGAAACUCAUCCAUGAUCACACUUUGAUUCUCGCAGAUUCACAUACUUAUUCUCAAGCAUCCACAACAAACCAAAAUGUCCAACCCCUCCGCCCCAUCAAUACCCACCUCCCCACCACCAGGCAAAGACCCUCCUCCUCCCUCUGCUACAACCAGCGAGCCUUUCCCACCCCUCACCACCGAAACUCCACCGCCAACCCUCUCGAAACCAGAACCCCCAAUCCGCCCAACAAUAACGACCCAGCCGCCCUCCCGCUCAACCACCUUCCACGCCUCCACCUCCGAAGAACCCCAUCCCGUCCGACCGCCCUUCUCCCCCUUCUUCACACUCAUCAACGACGUCAAAGAAAAAGAGAGCGAAAGCAGCACUUACCACCCUUCAAGGAUACACUACCUCUUCUCCGACGACGACGCCUCGGAAGUUUUGUCCGCUGCUCUAUUACGAGGACUCGAUAACCAGCCAAUCCCUCCUCCAUCUAUAAACUCCAGCAUAAAAGCAGAAGAAAGGGAGAGCACCACAGGCUCAAGCUCAUCCGCAACAUUCAAGGAGAAGAAAUCACACGGCAAGAAGAAUUCAGGGGAUAAGGGAACGAGAGAGGAGAGGAUCAUUAUCGUGGAUAUGAACGACACAGGAGACAGCAUAAAAAGCAUCUCCUCCCUCAGCGAAAGAUGGCAAGUCCUAAACGCGCACAUCGACAACGCGCCCACAUGGGACGGCAGCAGCGUGGGCGAAGGCGAGGAGGCAGCGGCGGGGGGAUUGAUGUUGCGGAUUGAGGGCGUGAGUAGUGAGGGGAGGGGAGGGGUGCAGAUGGGGGAGAGCGAGAAGGUGGGAGUGGGAGAGGAGGAGAUGCAGGGGUUGUUGGAGGGGUUUGAUCGGAAGAUGGCGGUGCUGAGGAGGGUGGUGGGACAGCAGGGGGAUGUGAGUGGGCAUCGGAGGAGUGGGAGUGGGGGGUCGGGGGAGAGUGCUGCUCCUGGGUGA